CCAGUCAGCCUGCCUCUGUCCCAUAUAUGCCUGAGCCCUGCGCAGUCAACCGUCAGCAGCGCCACUGGGUGUAGGGAUAUCCCGAUGAAAGGGGAGACUGUUCGGGACUCAGAUGUUGCUGCCAUGUGCCAGUCUCCCACCCGAAGCAGACGAAGAACUCGGCUCAUUGAAGACCCCUUUUCAACUUUCUACCCACUGAUUGGGGAAACUUUCAGUGACUGUCCUCCAAGACACAGAGCUCCACUGCCCCAAUCACCACAGUGUGUCCAGCCACACCCUGCCUUCAUCCAGCAGUAACUUCUUCAUCCUCUCACAGGACUGGCUGUACUGUCAGUAAGGUUCGUCCCCAAAUGUCUACCUCACGAUUAAAAGACCCCUCUCCAACACUGCGACCCUAAACAGGAUACAAAAUGACCUCGAGCAUUGACCGGGAUGACAGCAGUAUCUUUGAUGGGUUAAUGGAAGAAGAUGAAAAGGAUAAAGCUAAACGUGUGUCCCGUAACAAGUCUGAGAAGAAACGCAGAGACCAGUUCAAUGUCCUCAUCAAGGAGCUGGGCACCAUGUUGCCGGGCAACACCCGGAAGAUGGACAAGUCCACUAUCUUGCAGAAGAGCAUCGACUUUCUGCACAAACACAAGGAAAUUGCUGCUCAGUCAGAGUCAACUGAGAUCAGGCAAGACUGGAAGCCUCCUUUUCUUAGUAAUGAAGAGUUCACUCAGCUGAUGUUGGAGGCGUUAGAUGGAUUUUUUCUUGCAAUCAUGACUGAUGGGAACAUAAUCUACGCUUCUGAGAGUGUGACGUCCCUACUAGAACACUUACCUUCUGAUCUUGUGGAUCAGAACUUGUUGAACUUCCUGCCUAUGGGUGAGCAUUCAGAUGUGUACAAGGCUCUGUCCUCUCAUAUCAUGGAAGGAGAGACACCGACGCCUGAAUAUCUGAAAACUAAAAAUCAGCUUGAGUUCUGUUGCCACAUGCUCCGAGGGACAAUUGACCCCAACGAGCCCCCCGUGUACGAAUAUGUCAAGUUCAUUGGAAACUUCAAGUCCCUGAAUAAUGUGCCUAACUGUACCCGAAAUGGUUUUGAGGGAGUGAUCCAGCGAUCGCUUCACUCUGCCUUUGAAGACAGAGUGUGUCUUAUAGCAACUGUGAGGCUUGCCAAACCACAGUUUAUCAAGGAGAUGUGCACUGUAGAGGAGCCUAAUGAGGAAUUCACCUCCAGACAUAGUUUAGAGUGGAAAUUUCUCUUCUUGGACCACAGAGCUCCACCCAUUAUAGGUUACCUCCCGUUUGAGGUGCUGGGUACAUCAGGAUAUGACUACUACCAUGUAGAUGACCUGGAGACAUUGGCCAAAUGCCACGAACACUUAAUGCAAUAUGGCAAAGGAAAAUCCUGCUACUACAGAUUCCUCACAAAAGGGCAGCAGUGGAUUUGGCUUCAGACCCACUACUACAUCACCUACCACCAGUGGAACUCCAGACCAGAGUUUAUUGUCUGCACGCACACUGUUGUCAGUUAUGCUGAAGUAAGAGCAGAACAGCGCAGAGAGCUUGGAAUUGAAGAAUUACAACCUGAGCUCACAGCAGACAAGCAGUCCCAGGAUUCAGGCUCUGAGUCCCAGCUCAACACGUCCAGCCUGAAAGAGGCUCUAGAGCGCUUCAACCACAGCCGGACACCCUCGGCCUCGUCUCGCAGCUCACGCAAAUCCUCGCACACAGCUGUGUCUGACCCAGCUUCGUCUCAGAUGAAGCUUCAGGGAGACAGGAGUACACCAGGUCGGCAGUCUGUCUCUGCUGUGGAGAUGACAUCACAACGAAGAUCAUCUAUCAGCAGCCAGCAGUCAAUGAGCUCCCAAAAUACAAUACAGAACAUGGCACCAUCCAUGGUUUCACAACAACAACAACAGCAGCAGCAGCAGCAGCAGCAGCAACAACCGCAACAACAACAACCGCAACAACAACAACAACAACAACAACAACAACAACAACAACAACAACAGCAACAGCCUCAAAAGCAGCAACAAGUUCAGACCAGCGACCAAUCAAUGGUGCAGUUCUCCAGCCAGCUAGAAGUCAUGCAUAACCUGAAAGAGCAGCUGGAGCAUAGGACCAGGAUGAUCGAGGCCAACAUUCAGCGGCAGCAGGAUGAGCUGCGGCAGAUCCAGGACGAGCUGCACAGAGUGCAGGGACAGAGCCUUCAAGGACAGAGCCUGCAGGGACAGAGCCUUCACGGACAGAGCCUUCAAGGACAGAGCCUGCAGGGACAGAGCCUUCAGGGACAGAGCCUUCAAGGACAGAGCCUGCAGGGACAGAUCCUUCAGGGACAGAGCCUUCAGAUGUUCUUGCCGAAAGGAGCCGGAGGACUGAAUCUCAGCUCUGUUCAGACGGCCCAGGGGAACGCCUUGCAGCAGGGGGGAACCCUCAGCAUGCAGGGCCAGGUGGUGUCUGCAGGGACUCUACAGAACGGCAUACAGCAACAACAUGCUGUCCAGCCCCAGCCCCAUCCCCAGCAACAAACUCUCUUGCGGGAACAGAGCACAGCACUCUCACAGUCUCAGCGGCCGUCCCUCACUCUACAGCCUCAACAGAAUCCACUGCCCGCGUCUCUCUACAACACAAUGAUGAUCCCUCAGCAAAACCCUGCUAACAUGGUCCAGAUUGCCACUACCCUGGCUCAGAAUACUGGACCAAACGCUGCUGCUGUGGCUACAUUUGCACAGGAUCGUUCAGCUCAGAUAAGGUUUCCUGCCAGUCCUCAGCUGCUCACCAAGCUAGUGACAGGACAGAUGGCAUGUGGUGCAGUCAUGGUCCCCACAACCAUGUUUAUGGGCCAAGUUGUGACGGCCUUCGCUCCUCAGCAGGGUCAGACCCAGACCAUCAGCAUUUCCCAGCAGCCACCGCAGCAGCAGCAGCAGCAGCAGCAGCAGCCACAGGAGCAGCAGGUACAGCAGCAAUUACAGGUCAUAGCCAUGCAGCCAGGGCAGGCUCCACUGGCCCAGCAGCAAACACAGUUCCUACAGGCUUCUCGGCUACUUCACGGAAACCAGUCCACCCAGUUGAUCCUGCAGGCAGCGUUCCCUUUGCAGCAGCAGGGUACCUUUACUGCCACAACCCAACAGCAGCAGCAGUUACAACAGCAACAACAGUUACAACAACAACAGCAUCAUCAUCAUCAUCAUCAUCAUCAUCCUCAUCAACAUCAACAACAGCAGAAACAGCAAUUGGCCCCUCACAGGGCGGAUAGUUUGUCUGAUCGCUCUGCUACGCAGCCACAGUAGCCGGCCAAAGCCAAAUCCGUAGUGGAGUGAGCCGAACCCAAGUGUGGGCGGCUUUGUGACGGCGGUGUAAAGACGAGUCCUGCUGAAAGUGCAGCACUGAGGCCAUGCCUCAGAGACUGAAAAGUGAUUGGAUUGGCAGGCUGUGGCUUCCCUCCCCUCACAAGGAUCUUUUGCUGUUUGCACUUAACUCCUGAGCCCCGAGCGCUGCAGAGAACAGGACUGAGCUCGCUGUGGCUCUGGCUCUGGGACGAAGGCCUUUUCUCCGAGACAACAGGGAACCACAAUCCCUGUAAUGGACUCCCCCUCACACCUCUGGCCCUCUCUUGUGUGUUUAGUGUGUGUGUGUGUGUCCCCUCACAGGUUAUUUUAUGCAGAUCUCUCUGUUUAAUUGAGUCAAUGCAGCAAAGCUUCUGUCAAGCUUCGAGGACAUCCUGCAGAACAGCCAGAGGCUCGUUUCCUCCUAUUUGUUGUUUUUCAUGUAAAAUUAAUUAUGGGUCAGAAAAUAUUUUUAAGAAUGGUGUCUGGAUUGAACUUUUAUUGUACAGAACAUCAUGUGUAAUAUAUUAUGUAAAUAUAAUGAAAAAGAAAGAACUAAUAUUUUAUAUGAUGCAUGAAAUGAAAUGCCUAGUCUGUUAUAUGCGGCGUUGAAUAUACUUUUUUUUUCUAGUACACUAUGAAGAAAAGCUCUUAAAAUGCUCAGAGGCGGAUAUUUUCCCAGACUUCCUUUCUCCUAGGGGAUGGGUUUGUGUGUCUGCAUAGCAGACAUUGCCGAUGCUGCUUGUUGUGUCACAGUUUGUUUCAUCCUCGACCCAUAUUUUCACAGAAUUUCAUAAAACUGUCAAAAAUGA